CACGAAAAUGUUCAAACGCCUCCAUAACCUGGUGAUACCCCCGCACGUUUCGAUCGUAUCCUUUUUAAUUUGUCUGCAGAAAGACACGGGAAGCAGACGGAAGUAAGGCGAGCUCUGGUGAACUCUAAACUCUUGCUAUUUCCUUACGCCCUGGCAGCUGCUGGAACAGCUCGAACCGCGCAUUUGUUUUUUUUUAAUUCCCUUUUUAAAACUCAGGCUGGCUCCUACAUUGGAGUAAAUGCUUCCCAGAGAAGGUUCUUCAUGAUGCUGACGGCAUCGACGCGCCUCUUGAUGGUCAGAGUAUGGCGGCCUGCAUUCUUCAUCAAGUCACCAGGCGUCCGGUGCACUCCAGGAAGGACUUUCUCAGCCUACUGUCCAUUGCCUCAGCUGCCAAUUCCUCCACUGAAACACACACUGGAACGCUACCUCCUGGCACUGCAGCCUCUCGUGACCCCAGAAGAGCUGGAACAGACAAGGGAGAUAGUGAGAGAGUUCAGUAGACCCCAUAGUAUUGGAUCGAAACUACAGGACAGGCUGGAAAGGCGAUCAAGAAGGACUGAAAACUGGCUCAUGGACUGGUGGCUCCAGAAUGCUUAUCUUGAGUGUCGACUUCCGCUGGCUGUUCACUCAAAUCCUGCUGUAGUGCUGCCCAAACAGAACUACAAUGAUUGGAAAGGACAGCUCAGGUUUGCAGCUAAACUAAUUGCUGGAGUUCUCGACUUCAAGUCUAAGGUUGACAGAAAAACUCUUCCAACUGAGUACAUAAGAGGCAAACCUCUCUGCAUGGAUCUGUACCCCAGAAUCCUGUCAUCUUGCCGCAUCCCAGGACCCAAACAUGACACUUUGAUAAACUAUGGCUUCACGAGGAGCCCACCAACUCAUGUCACAGUGGUCCGCAAUUUCCAGUUCUUUCACUUGGAUGUCUAUAACAGCGAUGGCUCCCCUCUGACUGUGGAUCAGAUUCACAUGCAGCUGCAGCGAAUCAGGAAUCUGUCAUGGAAAACAGAUAAGGAGCCAUUGGGCGUGCUAACCAGUGACCAUAGGAACACUUGGGGACAGGCCUACAAUACCCUCAUGAAAGAUAAACUGAACAGAGAAUCUGUACGGGCCAUUCAGAAGAGCAUUUUCACUGUGUGUCUAGAUUCUCCAGUCCUGAAGAUCUCGGAGGAGAAGUAUACAAGCCGCAUGGCAGCUCAAAUGUUGCAUGGAGGAGGAAGCUACUCAAACAGUGGCAACCGAUGGUUUGACAAAACUCUGCAGUUCAUUGUUGGGGAGGAUGGAUCUUGUGGUGUUAUAUAUGAACAGUCUUCUGCAGAAGGCCCACCCAUUGCCACCAUAUUGGACCAUGUUCUUGAUUAUUGUAAGGACCCAGAUACAGUUCGAGCUCCCAUGAUUCCACUGCCUUUACCAAAGAAACUUUAUUUUUACAUCACUCCAGAGAUUAAGAGAGAUAUUGAGCAUGCCAAACAGAACCUGGACAUUUUAGUUAAUGACUUGGACAUCAGCUGCUUCACCUAUAGGAACUUUGGCAAGAACUUCCCCAAACUACAUGGAAUAAGUCCAGACUCCUUUGUUCAGAUGGCACUGCAGUUGGCGUAUUUUAGAAUGUACAAGGAACUCUGUGCCACAUGUGAGAGCGUUUCGAUGAGAAACUUCCAUCUAGGACGCACUGAUGUAAUCCGAUCAUCAUCUACAGAGUCCUUGGAGUUUGUGAUAAGCAUGGAUGACCCAGAAAAGGAGGUAAACCAGAAGAGAGCAGCACUAGGGAAAGCUGUUGAUUGCCACAGUGCUUACACUGACAUGGCACUUAAAGGAUUGGCAAUUGACAGACAUUUGCUGGGCUUGAAGCUCCAGGCUAUUGAAGAGGGUCUGAGUGUACCAGAGAUCUUCAUGGACACAUCUUUUGCAGUGGCAACACACUGGAGACUCUCAACAGGGCAGGUGGCUGCCAGAGCAGACUGUGUAAUGUGCUUUGGUCCCAUGGUGCCAGAUGGAUAUGGCGUCUGGUACAAUCCCUUGGAAGAUCAUAUCAAUUUCACUGUCUCUGCCUUCAACUGCUGUGAAGAGACUAAUGCAGAAUCAUUUUCAAAAUCUCUGGAGAUAGCUCUAUCAGACAUGCAGAACUUAGUUUUACAGACAUCUGGUCAGGCUGCAUAGGGGAGUCUGGAAGGAAAUGUCAUUCGCCUUAGAAGGAGCACAAUACAUUCUUUAUUGUGAAGUCAUCUUCAAAACUGAACCAAAUUGUUUGGUUGAGACAGAUGGUCAUUCGAUCCAAAUGCCCAGCAAACUGAAUUGUUAGUUGGUACCUAUCCUAAAACCUAGUUGUAAGAUGCUGGAGGCUGUUCAAGCACAAGAAUAUGCUUUCAGUACGUUUUAAAGGGCAAGGUUUAAAGAUCUUGUUCUCAAAAUGUGUUUAAUGAAACUCAAAUUUGUCAUUUGUCUAGUAUAAUAUACACCAAUGUUGUGCUUACAGUAAUGUUACAAAUGUGAUGUGUUUAUGUGGAUGUAAAAGAUGGACUUCAUUUAUUUUUUCUGCUGAAUACCUUCCUGUUACAUAAUUAGUGAUGGCCACUUUCUCUGGUACAAUAAUUGAUUUCCACAGAGGUCAAUGUAUGCAGGCAAUGGAAAUCUGGUACAGCUUUCCGUUAAAUCCAAUUACUUAUCUUUUACCAUCUUCAUGCACGUUUUGCACUGCAUGAUUGCCUCUCAUACCAAAAUCUAAAUUAUGUGAUACAGUGAAGAUCUGUAGAACCUGAACACUAAUCUGAGAUCUAUUCUGUUCAACAUACCAUAUACCUACUAGCCCUAAGGUACCCUCAUAUUUCACAUUUUGCUUGUGGUAGCAUUCAUGUUUUGUACAUGAAACCCCCUGUAUGGGAUCAGAAUUUGUCAGUGCCAUUAGUGUAGGGUUUGGUCAUGCAGCCACAGAGAAGUUCAACCAGAGUUACAUGGGUUAAGUUUGAAGCUCAAUCCCAAAGAAGGUGAUAAAUAGUCACCAUCCUUUAAAAUGGAAUGUUUGCUCAGAAACAAUGAUUAAUUUUGAAAUAUAUUUCUCAUGCAGAUACUUGGACACAUUGCUGUACACAUGUUGGUUCUUCCCAGUGUUAUGAACACUACUACUAUUGAAAAAAGAUGAUAUGGUGCAACAAGCAUUUUAAAUAAAUAGUUCAUGCAA